UAUGACGCACAGCGCAUCAGCUCCUGGUGUGGAAGAAAAAAGACAACAACCCCCCACUGUGAAACAUCAGGCAGCAGCACUCCUCCUUGCACACUGCAAGAGAACUUGCAUCCGGUGUGUGUGUGUGGUCAUGAUGAGAGACCGAGGAUGCGACUGAGCGCGUGAGCCGCAUCCGAGCGGGUGCACGUCGUGCCGCGCCGGGGCCCCAGCGGACCCGACCAUCUGAGGCGCGGGGCGGGGGUGGACGGCUAAGCCGCUUAUACGGGCCUGCUGUUGUUGAGCCCGACGCGAAGGGCGCACGACUCCUUUUUUCCGCAGCGGAACAUGGCGCGCGAGAGGAGGCUCUGCUCGCCGUCGACAUAACGGGACCGGUCCACCCGAAGGCAUGUUCUCCCUCACGGAGGUAGCCUCCCUGAACGACAUCCAGCCGACUUAUCGAAUCCUGAAACCAUGGUGGGACGUCUUCAUGGAUUAUCUUGGUAUUGUUAUGCUGAUGUUGGCCAUAUUUUCUGGAACCAUGCAGUUCACUAGAGACCAAGUGGUAUGUCUUCCAAUUCUGGAACCAACCAUGGAGGGGGCGGGGGGCUUCUUGGGCCCCCGACCACCAGAGACAGCUGAUCGUUUCCUGAACAAAGAAAGUGCAAUCGGGGAGCAAGCUGCUCCCCUGAUUGCUAAGAGGCCUCCCGAAAGCAUUGCACCCACAAUUCACUUCGCACAGCCAGUGACCUUUGGGCAGCCCAACCCUACAGGUGUCAGCACCGAGCUGGAUUUUCAGCAGUAUGUUUUUGUCAACCAGAUGUGCUACCAUGUUGCCCUCCCAUGGUAUUCCAAAUAUUUCCCAUACCUUGCUCUAAUCCACACUAUCAUUCUAAUGGUCAGUAGCAAUUUCUGGUUCAAGUAUCCGAAGACGAGCUCCAAAAUAGAACAUUUUGUCUCCAUACUCGGAAAAUGUUUCGAAUCCCCUUGGACCACUAAAGCGCUGUCCGAGACUGCUUGUGAGGACUCGGAGGAGAACAAGCAGAGGCUGGCUGGCGCCUCGUCCCUACUGAAGCAUCUGUCCACGAGCAGCGAGGAGGGGAGUCCAAACCAGUCUGCCCCAGUGCUGACUAAAUCCGGGGUCACAUUUUCUGCUGAAAAGCUCGUGAGUGAAGUCCCCUCUAUGACCAUACUGGACAAGAAAGAUGGCGAGCAGGCGAAGGCCUUGUUCGAAAAAGUACGUAAAUUCCGUGCCCACGUGGAAGACAGUGACUUGAUUUACAGGCUGUAUGCCAUUCAGACAGUCAUCAAAACAGUCAAAUUCAUUUUGAUCCUCUGCUACACAAUGACAUUUGUUGCCGCUAUUGAUUUUAACCAUGUGUGUGAGCCUGAAAUAAAGCAUUUGACUGGAUAUGCUAAAUUCCAUUGUACACAUAACAUGGCUUUCAUGUUGAAGAAGCUCCUUGUCAGUUAUAUUGCUAUAAUAUGUGUUUAUGGCAUUAUCUGUAUCUACACACUCUUCUGGCUUUUUCGGCGGCCACUGAAGGAGUACUCCUUUGAAAAAGUCAGAGAGGAGAGCAGCUUCAGUGACAUUCCUGAUGUCAAGAAUGACUUUGCUUUCCUCCUUCACAUGGUUGAUCAGUACGACCAGCUGUAUUCAAAGCGUUUCGGGGUUUUCCUCUCAGAGGUGAGUGAAAACAAACUUCGAGAGAUCAGCCUGAACCAUGAGUGGACAUAUGAGAAGUUGCGGCAGCAUGUGACACGCAAUCCUCAAGAAAAGCUGGAACUUCAUCUUUUUAUGCUAUCCGGAGUCCCGGAUGCUGUGUUUGAUCUCACCGAUAUAGAAAUCCUCAAACUAGAAUUAAUUCCCGAGGCCAGGAUAACAGCCAAGAUCUCGCAAAUGAUAAACCUCCAGGAGCUGCACUUCUAUCACUGUCCCGCCAAAGUUGAGCAGACUGCUUUCAUUUUUCUUCGCGAUCACCUCCGGUGCCUUCAUGUCAAAUUCACAGAUGUCGCUGAGAUUCCCAGCUGGGUAUACUUAUUGAAAGGCUUAAGGGAACUGUACUUGGUCGGUAACCUUAACUCUGAAAACAACAAAAUGAUUGGACUCGAGUCUCUCCGAGACCUCAGGCACUUAAAGAUCCUGCAUCUCAAAAGCAACCUCACGAAGAUGCCAACGAACAUAACAGAUCUGUCCCCACAUUUGAUCAAGUUGGUCAUUCAUAAUGACGGUACGAAGCUCCUAUUGCUGAAUAGUUUGAAGAAAAUGAUGAAUCUAGGAGAGUUGGAGCUUCAGAAUUGUCUGCUGGAUCGAAUUCCCCAUGCUAUCUUCAGUUUGACCACCCUUCAGGAGCUUGAUCUCAAAUUCAACCACAUUAGUACCAUCCAGGAGGUCAUCAGCUUUCAGCACCUCAAGAGACUGACAUGCCUCAAACUUUGGCACAAUAACAUCAACGCCAUUCCGGUGUCCAUUAGCCACGUCAAAAGCCUUGAAUCACUUUAUCUCUCACACAACAAACUUGAGUCUCUGCCCUCUCCACUAUUCUCCCUCCAGAAUUUGAGGUACCUCGAUGUGAGCCAUAACUCCAUAGUGGUUAUACCGCUGGAGGUUGGCUUUCUGCCGAACCUCCAACAUUUUGCCAUUACGGGCAACAAAGUCGAGGUAGUCCCCAAGCAACUGUUCAAGUGCACCAAACUGAGGACAUUGUGUCUCGGCCACAACUCCAUCUCGUCCAUUCCUGAGAAAAUUGGUCAACUCACACAGAUGGUGCACCUGGAAGUGAAGGGAAACUGCCUGGACCGUCUGCCGCCCCAGCUCGGCCAGUGCCGCCUCCUCCGCAGGGGCUGCCUGAUUGUGGAGGAUCACCUCUUUGACUCGCUCCCCGUGGAGGUCAAAGAGAGCAUCAACCAGGAAUCGAGUGUUUCUUUUCCAAAUGGCUGCAAGUGUCUAAGUGACGGGCGGUAGUCACAUGGGAUCGAAUGUUAGGCAGUAGAUAGGGGUUUGUAUUGGUCGGCAGUACUUGCCUUUGGCUACACUUAAUAAUAUAUCACAGGAGCUUAUCCUUUGAACAAAGCUCAGCACGUACAAGGUCCGUUACACUGGAGAAAUUAUAGAUUAACUAGAAAUUAUCCUGACUAGUGACAUGUCUACAUGUUUAUUUUGCUUUUGUUUUCAGUUAACGUAUGUGCACAAUAGCAGUUAAAUCACCCAGCUUAUAUAUAUUUUGUACCUUUUGUAUGCAAAAUAUCUGUAGUGGAUCUACAGAAAUUUGUAUGAUUUUCCCCCUUUUUUUUAUGACGGUUUUCUACGAAUUAGAUUGAGGUUGACCUCAGCUCAAUGGGUUGGUUCACUCAAAUUACAAGAAAAAGUUGCAAUGCACCUAAAUGUUCUGCCUCAGAGCUCAGAACAUAUACAUAGUGACAUUUCUUUUCAGAAACAGAGCCCCCAUUACCCUGGAUAAGACCUCAUUGCACAGCUGCAUUACAUCUUUUUCGUUAAAGGGAAAUACUGCUGCUAAAAGUUGUCAGUGUUAUGCGUCGCUCAACAAAUUUGAAAAUUUGUUUUCAAAGUUUCAACCCAGGCUAAUACGCCACCAAUACAGUGUUUUCCCCCUUUUAUUAUUCAGCCUUUGUAAAACUAAGCUGAAUGCAUCUUGGGCUAUAUUUGUGUCCAGUCUGGGCCAUGAGCAGGAGAAAGACGCUUACAGGUCAACGUACCUGGGUCAUAAGGGAACAGCAGGGCCAACAGUUGGGUAUGCAGUGUGUGUACCCGAGUUUUAUUAAAACCUUCCAAUCUGAAUAAACUUGUAAUACGUUUUCAUGUCACACACUGAAAUGAUGAAAAAUCUCAUUCCCAUUUCCUGAAGUGUCAUUAUUUUUUGACACAGUGGGGAAAAGAAACGUUACUCUUUUUUUUUUGCUUGCGCUACAGCCAACUCACAAUGAUGAUUUUUCUCAAUUUUAUUUUUGCUCUCAUGUUUUACUAUGUACUGGUAUUUUACUAUGUAUUUUUGUGUGCUCUUUUUAUCUAAUCAUGAUCUCAUUAUCUUCUAUCUGUACUUGUGUCUCCACAGCACUUUGUUUAGCUGGUUUUAAAAUGUGAUGUACAAAUGAAGGAAUUACUGUCUGUAAUUGCACUACUGUUAUUUAAAGGUUGAACUUAAAGAUACAAUUGCAACAUAAUUCUGUGUUAUGUUUUGCACCUAAAAAAGCACAUUUUUGAAAUAUUCUGCAUAGUUAUACGAUUGAACCUUGAUGCCUGAAAGACAUGGCUGUUUGAAACCCCCCACGAAAAUCAUCUUUAAACACAUUUAUUAUUUGUUAAACCAAGAUGUUCUCCUCAAGUAGCAUGACUGCUAAACACUGUGCAAUCGGGCAGGGCGUGCCGAACAUGCUCAACUCUGUCAAUGAGAUGACACGGUCAGGGCCCGAACCCGCAGCCUUGGGAGUAGGGAGUAUGGGAGACCGUCGUGCUAACCACGAGGCCAAACCCCUGAGUCGUCCGCAACAAUCUUUUGGGUUUUAAAUGUACAGGAUUUUUCUUUUUCUGCGCACAGACGGCGGCGGAAUUUUACAAAAAGUGUAUUGGCUUAAAAUCGCUAACUGCCCCUUUAAGAGAUUAUUAAGUUGUCUUAUAACAGCCUUCAACCAAGGCUUGUAACAGUGUGACCAAUAUUAUCUAUGCAAUACAUUCACAAGUGUUUUUUUCCCCAGUUGGUGAUAAUGUGGAAGACAGUAAUAAAUUCUAUUAUUUUUCUAUGCUUUGAUACUAUCAAAAUGAAAUUACAAAUAAUUUACUCAAGGGAAACAACCAUGUAUUUACAACAGAAUACAUUUUUUUUUUAAAAUUAUGGUCAAUAAAUACUGGUAUUAUAAUCAGA